AUGGAGGUCAAUAUGGCUGCAGUUGCCACUGUCUGCACGGUUUCUAGGAUGGACCCGACUCCCCCAUCUGGCCUCAACCUAAUAAAUCGUCCAACCUCAGAUACGGGCGGCCCUCAUUUUGUGCAAGUCCUGAACAAGCAUGUUUUCCUGCCAUAUGGUUUGCCUCCGAACUAUACUCCACCCAAUGAGAAUGUCAAUAACUCUACUCCUAUACUCAUGGCAUCAAGAAAAAGGGCAAGAAUCGAUGACAUUCCUUCAUCAUCGAACCCAGCUCCUCCAACAGCAGCCAUGGAACCAGAUGUCCAACACUCACAUACUCUUCCAUUGGAGAAAUCCCAUGAGGUUGUUCCUCCUGAGCCCGUACUAGCAAGGACUGAGCCGAUACCAGCUGAACCACAACCUCCAGUAGUGGAUCCACCUACUUCUCCUGAGCUUGAAAUAUUAUCUCCUCCACCAGCUCCAGCUCUACCUCUGAUAAUCAUCCUCGAUGAAUCAUCUGAUGAAGAUGUUGCCCCUCCUGAUUCACCAUCUUGCAACAUAGAUGAUGGUUCUGACUUUUCUGAUUGGAUGAACUGCUGA